AUGUCCGGAGAAGGCCCCGAGUCCAUCCCAACGUCCGCAGACCCCAAGUCCCGGCGUCCCACCAAGAAGCGCGCCCUCACCCCGGUGUCCGCCCAGGCCGCCGGCGUCGACGCCCUCUUCGCCCGCCCCAGCCAGGAGAUCAACCUCCCGCCCCCCCCCGGCGGCGCGUCCUCGUCGCUCAAGCGCGCGGCGCCCCCGGAGAUCGUCGCCAACGUCCAGGGGAGCAGCGCCGGCGCGGGCAGCGGCGAGUUCCAUGUGUACAAGGCCUCGCGGCGGCGCGAGUACGAGCGCCUGCGGGAGAUGGACCAGGAGCUCGCGCGGGAGAAGCAGCAGGAGGAGUUUGAGAAGCACAAGGACGAGCAGAGUCGGAAGGACGAUGAGAGGACCAGGAAGAAUAGGGAGAAGAGGGAGAAGAUGAAGGCGAGGAAGGCGAAGAAGGGAAAGGGAAAUAUCAACGGGGAUGCGAAGGCGCCUGCGGCAGUCGGUACGGGGGUUGACGGCAAGGCUGCUAAAGUACAGCCUCGGCAGGUCAAAGCGGGUGGUGCUGAGGGAAAGGAUGGUGAAGAAGGCGACGAAACGGCCGUUUCGUCUGCGCAAGCGGUUGGUCUGGUCAUUCAUGAUGACGACUGA